AUGACGGAAAAACAUACCGUGGACAUGAUCGACGAGAAGGGCGCCGGUGCCGACUUCAAGGAGGUCGUGGCCGAGCGCACUGCUCAGAUUACGCCCCAGCAGAUCCAGGCCCGCUUCGAAACGCUGCGCCACUUGAGUGAAGAGCAGAUGGCUGCAUUGAACAAGCAGCUCGUCAAGAAGCUCGAUUGGCGACUCAUGCCCUGCAUCACUCUCAUGUUCCUCAUGAAUUACCUCGACCGUAUCAAUGUGUCCAACGCACGCCUUGCUGGCCUUCAAGAAGACCUCAACAUGACAGACACCAUCUGGAACACGGGUAUCUCGACCUUCUACGUUGGUUAUCUUGUUGGCCAGCUUCCAGGAAAUCUCUGGCUUGCCAAAGCCGAUCCAAGAUGGCUCCUGCCAUCCAUGAUGAUGGCUUGGAGUAUUGGAACCAUCUGUAUGCCGGCUAUGACCAAUGGCGCUGGUUUUGCUGUAUGCCGCUUCUUUAUCGGCCUGUCUGAGGCCCCUUUUUUCCCUGGAAUUACGCUGAUGACUUCGUCGUGGUACACCAAAGAAGAGAACCCAAUGCGCAUGGCCAUCUGGCAUGCAGGAAACACCAUAUCCAACAUCUUGUCCGGUUUCUUGGCCGCAGCCAUCCUAGAGAACAUGGAUAACAUUCUUAGCUUGCAUGCGUGGCAAUGGUUCUUCAUCAUUGAAGGAGCCGUCUCCAUUCUUGUAGCAAGUGUCGCCUACUUUCUGCUUCCAUCAUGGCCACACAACACGAGAUGGCUGUCAAAGGAAGAGUCGGAAAUGGCUCAAUACCGAGUCCAGGUUUCCAAUGGUGGUCACGACGAGGUAGUGGGUGGAACAUGGGAUGGGCUCAAGCAAGCCGCCAAAGACCCAUUUACUUGGUUCUUCUGCCUGAUGCAUUUCGCCCUCGUCACUGCGCAAAGUUUCAAAGAUUUCCUCCCAUCCAUUAUGAAAACAUUCAAGUUCGACAAACUUACCACGUACCUCGUCCAGGCCCCUCCUUACGCCAUCGCCUACGGAGUUGCAUGUGCUCUCGCAUACUCUUCUGGUCGCUUCCAAGAGUCUUACUACCACGUCAUUAUCCCUAUCCUCAUGAGCGCAGCUGGCUGCAGCAUGCUCAUUGGAACACUCAACAUUGGCGCCCGCUACUUUGGCCUCAUUCUCCUCAUCAGCGGUACCUACUCCGGCCUCAAUCUUCAAUUGAGUUGGGAAACCACGCUCGUGCCAGCUCCUCGCAGCAAGAAAGCAGCUCUCAUUGCUAUUGCCAAUUGCAUCAGCCAGGUCAGCCAUUGGUUCAGCCCUUACUUCUUUCCCACUUCCCAAGAACCUUUCUACAGACUGGGCGGUGGCUUGAUCCUAGUAGGAUGCCUUCUUGUCUUUGUCUCAUCAAGCCUGGUCAAGUGGCGCGCUAUCCAGCUGAACAAGAAGCUGGACGAAGAUGAGGGUUGGUCCGAGCACUCAGGUGUAGAACGUGGAUGGAGAUAUGUCUACUAA